AUGUCCUCGUACGGGGUGGUACAAGAGAUGGCGCUUUCGACGAAGCGAGAACCCAGCACAUCCGACACAAAAGCGACUCUACCGUUGUCAGGCAUUCUUGUUGUCUCCUGCGAGCAGGCAAUAGCCGGACCGUUCUGUACGAGACAGCUCGCGGAUCUCGGCGCGCGAGUGAUCAAGAUUGAACGUCCGGGCAAAGGCGACUUCAACCGUGACCACGACCAGCGCGUCCAAGGCCUAUGUUCGCAUUUCGUCUGGACUAAUCGCAGUAAGGAGAGUCUGGCGCUGGAUCUCAAGCAACGCAAAGACCUCAACGCUCUGAAGAAGAUCGUAUCCAAAGCCGACGUCUUUGUCCAGAAUCUAGCACCAGGAGCCACAGAACGAAUGGGCCUCGGAUACGCAACGCUCAAAACCAAGCAUCCUCAGCUCAUCGUCUGCGAUAUCAGCGGCUAUGGAAGUACAGGACCCUACCGCAACAAGAAAGCCUACGAUCUACUCAUCCAGGCCGAGUCCGGGUUCCUCUCAGUCACUGGAUCACCAGGUCAACCAGCCAAAUCCGGCAUAAGCAUAGCUGACAUUUCUGCGGGCACAGCCGCCUUCAACAACAUCCUCGCCGCCAUCAUCCAGCGCGGCAAGACCGGAAAGGGCUGUCGACUGGACGUCAGUAUGCUGGAGAGCAUGGCGGAAUGGAUGACCUUCCCAAUGUACUACGCCAGUGACGGUGCGCCUCCGCCGGCGAUGAGCGGUGCCGAACAUGCUAGCAUUUACCCAUAUGGUCCUUUUCAGACCGGCGAAGACGGGACGGUGAUGCUGGGCAUGCAGAAUGAACGCGAAUGGGUCAUCUUCUGUAAUGACGUUCUCGACAAGCCAGAUUUAGCUGAGGACGAGCGAUUCGCCAACACCUCGCUCAGAUCGAGCAAUCGAAAGGAGCUACGAGCGAUGAUCGAAGAGGUCUUCAGCGUAUACUCAGCCGACAAAGUGCUCGACAAGCUGCAGAAUGCUGGCAUCGCCAACGCCAAGGUGAACGACAUGGCUGGUCUUUGGGCGCACCCUCAGCUGAAGGCCAGAGAUCGAUGGACGGAAGUCAACACACCAAACGGUCUUGUGCCGGCGCUCAAGCCUGCCGGUACUGCUGAAGGAGUUGCAGUAAGGAUGGAUCCAAUACCGGCAGUCGGCGAACAUAAUGAAGCAAUAUUUGCCGAAUUUGGCAUCGAACGCUAA